GUGUGUGAAAAAUAAAAAUCCAUUUAGCUGCUGGAGCUUCAGGCUCCUGGUGCUCGUGCAGACUCACAUUUCAGCAGAACGCAGGUAUUGUUAAUGACACUGGCUUUAACCAGACAACGUGUCUGCUGCGAAAAAGGUCGAUUCAGACCAAUUUGGGACAAGGUCAGUUCCCUUAAUAAGUCUGGCACAAAAGCCGUCUUUAUAAAUGUGUUUUAAAAGCUAGAAUAGAUGUUUCUGUGUGCCGGCGCGUCAUCUUUUCUACAUUUCCUUUUCAGGAUUCACCUGAUGGCGGGGAGAGUUCCCGUGGACUCUGACAGAGACACGGUUGCCAAGGAAAUGGAGGCGGUCUUUGUGCAGAACCUAAAAUAUGCUGCUGAUAUCCUUUCAAAGGAAGGAAUCACUGGACUGAUUGAACCGAUCAACACCAGGAUUACAGACCCCCGGUAUUUUCUGGACUCUCCUCAUCAGGCAUCUGCGAUCCUGGAGAAGGUUGGAAAGCCAAACAUGAAACUGCAGAUGCCGUCUAAACUGUUUCAGGACAUCUUUCACUGGCAAAUAAUGGAUGGAAACCUCACACAAAACAUUCAGAAGUACAUUCCUAUCAUUGGUCACGUCCAGAUUGCUCAGGUUCCCGGCAGAAAUGAGCCCGACAGCGCCGGAGAGCUCAGUUACAGCUACCUGUUCGACACACUGGAAAACAUCGGCUACCAGGGUUAUAUCGGGUGUGAGUACAAGCCGCAAGGCUCCACAGACGAGGGUCUCGGCUGGAUCAAAGAAUACUGGACUCACAGGAAGUGCUGAGAGGAGGUGACGGAGCAUGAAGCUGUCAGAGCCCGACGGACCUCCACCUGCAGCACCCACCUUUUCCAUUUAACGCAGACUUUGCACAGACUCCUGUGUCCUCCUCUCUGAAUCUGUUUCCACACUGUAGAAAGAAGUGAAUACACGUUUUCCUCCUCAUCAUUGCUGGGUUGGUGCUUCUUUCUUCAUCGGUGCACUCGAUUCACUCACAGCAGUGAUUCAGGAUGGCAAUGUUGUUCUUUUUUUUCCAUAAGUUUCUUCGUAGCAUCAGGUGGAAGGAACGUAGGAUGGAGCAGGCGGAGCUGCCCGAAGGCUCAAAAUGAGAAAAUACUAGAUGACUGUGAGAGACAAGCUGUAUCAACAUCAAAGGUGUUUCUUAAGAAAAAAUAUAUAUCUUAUGGAGCAGACUGACUGAUGGAGCAAAUGAUUAAGAAUUGAUUUUUGAAUGAAACAUUUUGACUCCUGGUACGACAUUUGAAAUAUAAAUAACUGCAACAUAAUCACAUUUAAUAAUGAACUAAUGAAUGUUAUAUUUGAAGUUUUGGCGUCUGAGAAAAUGAAAAAUUAAAGUGCUGAAGUGGGUUUUCUUUCUGAGAUGUGUAACUGAGAUAUUAGAAAAAUAAACUUUCCUUCGAUGUAAAAUAGUAUUUUCAGAAAUGAAUGAAUAAACUUUCCAGUUUCCCCCAGA